AUGCGCUCGACUGGACCCUCAACAAAUAGCUCUCCUCGACGGAGAGCUCUCCAUGAGCGCAGUGCAUCCCAAACGAACGAGACGUCUCCGCCGCCGCCCUCCUUGCGGAUCGUCAGGGACAAAGACCACGAAGACGAAGCGCACGAUGUUUACUCAGCCACUCCGUUUCCGACCAAACCGGAGCACAUCCUGUUACCACGACCUGGCAAAGGGCAAGAAUAUGCUCACUAUCCGGAGUUUCACGCCGGCGAGGCGCAUGAUCAGUCAACAGCUACAUUGUCAUCCAACGCCAGCCGAGCCGCCGAUAGUAGUUUGCUCGAGCAGUCUGUCGGUGAUCCGUGGGAUAUAUCGUCCACGAUUGAUCCCGGAAAUACUCCCUCACAGGUGUGGGAAGAUGACCCUAAAUCCAGCAAUUCUUCUCUUCCUGAGCCAAUUCUUCCGGGAGAGAAAUAUAGGUCCGUUGGGAGUUCAGAUGCAGGGUAUUCCGACGAGGACUUGAUGGUGCUCCCUACAUCAGCUCCCAGCAUUAAACCAGUCGUGUCGGAAACUCCAGGACCGUCUCGCCAACCGUCAGGUGCUCAACAUGCGUCUUCGAGCGGAUCAAGCCCUAACGUCGUGACCAUUGGACCGCCGUCAAGUCCCAGCUUUGUUGCCCUCGACAACUCCAGCUUGAACUUUGUCCGGAUCGGUCCUUCCUCAAACCCGGAUUCCGCCACGCGUUCUAACUCGCUGACAUCCUUGAACUCUAUGGGGACUGUGAUCAGACAUAUUGGUGCCGCUCCGUGGACCCACGGAUCUUCCGAAGAGCAGAGUUCUCGCUCACAAUCUUUCCGAUCUACUCCUCCAUACCAUCCAUCAGUGCGAUCAAACUCUAACUCCACCCGACCUCGCGGCCGCAGUCAUUCUCGUUCCCUUACUUCAUCUUCUCGCAGCGGGCCACCCUCGGUCAUCCAGGCUAUUGUGGAUAGUGGCGUGUUUAUCCAAUAUCCCACAGUCCUCGCUCCCUCAUCAUCAGGUUCAUGGGUGGAUACUUCACAAUCUGCCAACUCGUCCGAUCGCAAUCUCCAAGAACUCACCCCCGACCAAUCAUCUGACCGCUUCAAGUCCCAUUUGUCAACUGUCACAUCUAGGUGGUCCGCCGAGCUGGACUCCAGCUUUGCUUCCGGACCCGAUGAGCCCAGCGAAAUGUCGGCUGCAGAGCCGUCCAGGCCCUCGGCUGCACUCGUCCGCCAGAGACCGGGAUCGUCCUCGUUGUGGUUAGUAAGCGACUCAGAUAGAGAUGAGCAUCUGGACCAUCUAUCAAGUCUACCAGCUCGUCCCACCAACCCAGCUGUUCCAAGCAGUCUUUCUUCGGAGUCGAGGAAAAGUAGCUUGCGCAGCAACAGUAUUAAGCGACCGGGGACUAGCUCAAGCUUUGUCUACAACAUACUCCCGACUUGGGCUAAGAUGUACUAUGGUCUGGAUGGACAGACCGUGAACUCUGCGUUAUCAGUGAUUGAUGGGAGCCGCCCGCCCACUGCCCGCCCUGCUACAUCCAACUCACAAGCUCUACGGCAUAUUCCAACAGCAUCAGGCCGAUCGAGAGCUCCAACCAAUGAAACAAUGGGAAGCGUGCGUUGGAUGGCCCCGCCUGACCCCCGCGAUCCUCGAAGCCAUUGGGUCAAAGGCCCAGAGACCGACCACCUAUCGGACGCAAACAACCGCCUACGACACAGUUGGUCACCGCACUUGUAUCCCGACAAGCGGGCUGUUGGGCAAAAAGGCAAGCCAUGGACCGCGCCUUCUAUGGAUUCUCGGACAGAGCCCUUGCUGGGACGAAGGAACAUGCAAGUAUGGUCCUUUUGCCUGGGGUUCGUUUUUCCACUUGCCUGGUUCAUCGCCGCAUUCCUUCCAUUGCCGGAGAAGCCAGAUGCAGUGCUGGAGGAGAGCGGACCCGAACUGGAGAUGGCCCUGAAGAUGCGACUUCAUGAACUUGGGCGAAGACGGUACGAGAACGCUCGAUGGUGGAGGAAUCUCAAUCGAUGGAUGACUCCUCUAGGGUUGGUGAUUAUCGCCAUCGUUAUAACGCUGGCUGUCGUUGGCAGCACGGUGGGCUUCUAA